CCAUAGGUCACGUGACUAAACACCCCCUAUUAUUCAGUUUCAUCCAUUUCGAACUUCAGCCAUGUUAGAAAGUAAUGUCAACAGAGGUUCGGUUUGUAAAAAUUCAUUGGGUGAAGCAAACUUCUAAUCUGUUAUAUUGAGGCUGAAUGUCUCUAUUUCAAUGCAUUUGGCUGGAGAAGGAAUGAAGUCUGCUUCUGGUGGAUAGUUUUGUGUUGGAAUUGUAAAGAGCUUUGGCAGCGAGCAUCAUGGACGAACGAAAGAGGAGGGAAAAUCUCGAGACUUACGUUCGAGAUCCUCGGAAUGAACUGUACAUUGAAGGGCUUUUGGUGAGUUAAUGGCUGCUUUAUUCAACUGUCGCACUGUCAGGUGACUCAAGAUAUUACUUUGCUCUGUUUUGCCAGGAUGGAAUUCAGUCGCUGGUGUGCGAUUGUGAUUUUCCAGCCCUGAGACGCAAUAAGAAUGUCGAAAACUUCCUACAAAGAUGUGAGUUGCUUUGGCAUCCUAAUAUUUGCUAACGGUUUUUGAGAGGUACAUACUAAGAUUGAUUUAAUUGUUUUUCAGAUGAGAAACCUAGUAAAGUAAUCGAAGAAUGUCGUAUGAAUGCAAGCGACUUCAAGGUCGUAAAAGUCAUCGGCCGUGGUGCUUUCGGUGAAGUUCAGUUGGUAGGUUACUCAUCCUGUACUUUCGAGCUUAUGACUGACAAUUAUCCCUCUUAAGGGCAAAUGUUGCCAUUAGAUGUUGAUUAAUUUCUUAGCUUUUUAACUACGAAGUGCAUUCACGAGUUCUGCCUCUUGAUUUAUGCAAUUUCCUUUGCUAAUGCGACAGCAGAUGAAUUACUUGAAACUGCACGAGAUACGCGAACAUUUAACAGUACCGUGCUAUCAAAUACGGGCUUUAUCAUUCGAGCUGUUUCGUUUGUCGUUAAAAUAGAAACCUAAUGUUUUAUUCUAUACACUUUUCAGGUGAGGCACAAAGCAUCGAAAAAAGUAUAUGCGAUGAAACUUUUAAGCAAAUUUGAAAUGGUAAGCAAGCCAGACAUGUAAUCGCUUAAAAUACUAUAGGUAUCCUGUUCAAACUUCUAUUUCUGUAUUUUAGCUAGCUAAAAAUUGUAGACAACAGAUAAUUUUUUUUUGGCAAGGAGGAAAACAUAAAAAAAUUAUAGCUAAGAAAAACUACUGCACUAUGAAGACACUGGAAUACAUCGCGUCAACACUACAUCUACAAACUUUUAAUCUAAGGUCAGUCGACAGUUCGAAGUUGUACAAAUUGUAAAUCAUCACUAUUGUUUCCAACAUUCUUCAUGGGUAUGAGAGUUUAAUUCUUGAUGUGUGCCCUUUCCUUUGAGGUCAUAUGUUCCUUUUUUAAGUUGUGUCUUUUUCUCGAACUGUUACCAAUUUGUGAAUCUCGCUGUUGGACUUUUUUCAUUCCGAUGUACCCAUUUCUGAAUGUACACAUAAGCCAUAGCUUUGAUUCUCUUCAAGGACUUUGGCAGCUGAACUGUUUUUUCCUGCUCGAUUCUUGACAGAUCUCUCGUACAGCAACCAUAAAUUAACUUCUUGAUGUUUAACAUAGACAUUGACAUGCACCAAGAUACAAACAAAUUAGCGACAAAAUCACCCUUGGUUUAAUUCCUUAAAUACCUUGGAUAAAUUGGCAAUGUUGAUCUAUACUCAUUUACUGUUUACUUUGUGGCUGUGUUCUUACCAUGUUAAGCCUUAGUUAUGUAUGUAGCCUUCUUUCCUUUCAAAUGCUGCCUAAUUAAUUUCUAGCCUUUAACAAUGUUUUUCACUCUCUAUAAGGGUAUAAAAUACAGUACAUGUAAAUCGAAAAAGGAAAAAAUAAACUUAGUCAGCUCACUAUUUCUGUUCAAUAAUGUUUUGUUAGUGCACCAAGCAUGUGUUCUACAUUGCAAAUGCAUCAGUCAUACUAUUUAAUUCUCAAGGACUAUCUAUCAUAAAUCUUAAAUGGCAACUGCCAUAUUUUUCUAAACAAUGAUAAAACUCAAGAGCAAUCUAAGUUACCCAAGAUGUUCCUGUUAUAGAGUUUUGCAUCAUGCCAACUUUUGAAUUAAUUUCCUUUUGCUGCAUUGGAGAAAAAACUAUUUGUUUUGUUUGAUGGGCCUCACUUUCCUUCUCUUUAAAAGUUCAGUUAAGUAGCUAUGGUAGUUAAUACAUUAUUUUCUGGAAAUUAUUGAAAUACCAUUUGCCAAACAUUAAAAACUUUUACUGUUUCCUCAGGCAGAGGUGCUAGUUUCUGGCUUAGGCUUUUGUUCACCUGUUUUUUUUUUCCUAACAGAUCAAGAGAUCUGAUUCAGCUUUUUUUUGGGAAGAGCGUGAAAUUAUGGCUCAUACCAUCAGCCCAUGGAUUGUGAAGGUUAGUAGACACAUAUCCACUUGUGCUCAGAUGUUCAUAAAGAUAAAAUCUGGACAAGGUCUUACCAUGUGAAAAGCAUGAGGAAGGUCUAUGAAAAGAAUGUGAAUUAUGUGAUCCUAUACACACUGUUUUCACAUGCUCUACAUUCUUUUCUUGAAGCCUGCAUUUGAAAAAGUCUGGACCCUUGCAUGUGCAUUAGUGCCUUGAGGGCGAUUUGUCCCUCAAGUUAAACAGCUGCCAAUCUCUAACUCAGAACCUCCCUUUGGGAUGCCAUAGAAAUGACCUAUUUAAUUUGUUUCAAAUAAACUUUGCAAAUGUUGUCUUCAACUGUAAAGAUGUGUCAUAAAUUGGAAGAAUUGCACUGAGUUUUUUAUUUUGUCAAAAAUAAGAUGGAGUUCAAUGGAAUUAGUACUGAGUGAAAAUCUAUUUCCUCUAAAUUUCCUAACAAAAAUAAAUUAAGGAUAUUCCUGAGAGAAAUGCAUUACAAUCUGUGACAACAAUGUUCCAGAUAACUGCUAAAGAGUGCCCAAUGUAAAAUCAAUUGAAACAGAACUUUAGUAAACCCACCAGUCCUCCCUCCCUCCCUCUCUCCCUUCCUUUGCUCCCCUUUGGUGCCCCACCCCCUCCAUGAAAGUACCAGUAUUUUUAGGGUGGUUGUGAAGAGGAUAUAUGUUCCAAAGAUUUUAUUUUAAUGAUUCAACCAACUUGUGAACUUUUCAAUCUUUUUUCUUUUUAGUUACAUUUUGCUUUUCAAGAUGCUAAAAAUUUGUAUAUGGUUAUGGAUUACAUGGCUGGUGAGUGAAACAUAUACUGUUAAUGUUAUAAAUUAUGCUGGUAGUUCCUGAAUGAGUGUAUAUCCUUGGUGUCAAUGUGAGAAUUUCUUGCUUCUAUGAAAGAACAUUUCAUUAUGUUUGAUGAAUGAGAGAGACUUCUUUCAGAGAAAUUAGAUUGGCCAAAUGCUUAAGUCUAAAUUUUAGCCAGAAAAAUGCUAGAUAAAGUGAUGGACACCAUAUUCUAUAAACUAAUUUACAGAAAGGUUUAAUACAGAUUUUAGUGAGAAUUAAUAAUUAAGAUCUAAGGAGUUUAACCCUUUAACUCCCAAGAUGUGAUUGUUAAUUCUCCCCUCUAGCCACACAUUCCCUUCUAAAAUGUUUGUGAGAAUUUGGUUUUAGACCAAAAUAACAACUUAUGCCUGAUAAGUUUGAGCAUUCCCAUCACCUGUUUGCUAGAUGAUGUAUGGAUAUUAUAGGGAGAAGUUACAUGCUAAUCACCUCUGGGAUUUAAAGGGUUAGGAGUAAAAAGGUACUUUAGUGGGGGUGUCUGCCUUCCCAAGCUUGUUUUAGUAAUGAUGAAUUUUGUGGCAUUGGUUUUGAAAUUCUGAAAGAAAAAAAAUAUACUGUCUAAUGAAGAAUUUUUAAUCAGAAAAUUUGUUAUCUUUGUAGGAGGGGAUUUGGUGAAUCUUAUGAGUAACUACGACAUUCCCGAAAAGUGGGCCAAGUUCUACGGUGCUGAAGUGGUGUUAGCACUUGAUGCUAUUCACAGCAUGGGGUUCAUUCACAGGUAUUGUCAGAAGGUUUGAUCAUUUAGUAGGAUUGUUGCUCAGUGUCAGAAAUUUCAUGAUUGUUAAAUAACAUAAUCUGACGAAUUAGCUUAAAUCUUGAUGUAGUGAUUGUUGUAAGAAAUGGGAAAGAGGAUGAUCCUGUCCGUAGCUUGUCAUAGACAUUUUGAUUCUUUUUCUUUUUCUUUUUCUUUUUUUUUUUUUACUUUAUUGCUCAAAUAGCUAAAAUCAUCUGUCAUGACUUCUAGUGUAAUUGUCUAAAAAUUGUCCUUUUAUGUUUUUAUUCUCAUGCAGGGAUGUAAAACCGGACAACAUGCUUCUGGAUAAACAAGGUCACCUCAAGCUUGCAGAUUUUGGAACAUGUAUGAGAAUGGACAAGGUACAAGUUACUAGUACUUCAUUUUGACUUGCUUAACUUGACUUGGGUAAAAGGAGAGUUUCAAAGUAGGCAGCUGCACUGAUGAUGUUAGCAACCAGCGUCAGAGAUACAAACCUAUAACUGAGCCUGGGAGCUUGCUCUGUCAGCUAAUGGCUAAAUUAAUUUUAAGUUCUAUUAAAUAUGCUACUUUUUGCAAUCUAUAGGUUUUUUCCUCUCUUAAUUACAGUACAUCAAGAGUUGAUCUUAAGGUUCUCUGUAGAAAGGAGUCAUUAAAUUUAUUCAUUCUAUUAAUCAACCCAGUUGAGUUUUAUUCACUUUGUUUGAAUCCAAAGGGGGUGUUAUUUCAAGAAUUGAUUCUUCUCUUUCUCUUGAACAACUGCUAAGCAGGUCAGCCAGCCAGUUUCUUUAAGACACUUUGUAAACUUUGAAAAAUUGUCUUGUAGGAUGGAAUGGUAAGAUCAGACACAGCUGUUGGUACACCAGAUUACAUCUCUCCAGAGGUAAGAAAAAUGGCAAACAAUAAAGCAGAUUGUACAGCUCUGUUGAACUAAGAAACUGAGGUCUAUUUUUUCCACCAGGUUCUCAAAUCCCAAGGUGGUGAAGGCUAUUAUGGCCGUGAAUGUGACUGGUGGAGUGUUGGGGUAUUCUUAUACGAGUUACUAAUUGGUAGGUUUUGUAUAAUUUUAUAAAUACUUUUCUGUUACAAGAAUUUAAAUGUUUUAUACCUUCUUGCCAGCUCUGCCCAUAGCCCUUUCAGCAAGAUCUCAACUUUUGAAAAUAUUGCACAAACUUCAUUGUCAGAUAGUUAGAUGAGAAGCUUGCAUUAGUUAUAGACACUUCGAAUAGGUUUUUAGUUUUUCUUUGGAUCUUUGAUCAUUCUUUCCUUGUGUUGAAUUUCAAAUUUUUUCAGGUGACACUCCAUUUUAUGCUGACUCACUCGUAGGAACCUAUGGUAUGUCAAUUUUUUCAUUCAGUUGUUUUCAAUACCAACCUUGCAAACGAGGGUUUGGUGUCAUAGAUCUCUGCUGGUCUACUUGAUCUUGCCAUACUUGUCAGAAGGAAAUCUGAGUCCAGAUUUGUUAAUCUUUCCUUGAGACUACUGUAGAUUGGUUUUUGGAUGGUCUCUGACUCAAACUUCCAUCCUGUGCUCAUUGGAAAGAACACAGAAAACAAACUUGAGACCAUCCAAGAAUCAAACUUUGCACAUCCAGGCCAUUUCAGUGAAAAUGAAAUUCCCUGCCAUUUUUACCUGGAAAAGCACUUUUGAAGUUUUGGACUUGUCAGUGUGGCACUUACUUGGGGAAAAGGCUUAGUUGGGGGUGGUACUUAGUUUCACUUUUCAUUUGCAACAAGCUUAGUUUACAAUGCCAUCUUUUUUAAACCAUCAAUGAUAUCAACAGUCAAAUAACUUAUGGAUGACAAAGUCAGUUCUUUCUUUUUUUGUGUGGUUGGUGUUUGAUUGUAGCAAAAGUAAGGUACAGUUGCAACUCCAGGUAAUUUCUUUCCUAUAUGGUAUUUGCUUGAGCAAUUUUUAUUCAAUUUUUUUCAGGAAAAAUUAUGGAUCACAAAAACUCACUACAGUUUCCUGAUGACAUUGAGAUUUCAAAAGAAGCCAAGCAUUUAAUUUGUAGUUUUCUUACUGACAGGUAAUCUGUUGGCAUAAGUUUCUGAAGAAUACCCAUUCUCUUAAGACCAAAGGAAUUCCUCUUUAAAAUCACCUUUUAGCUGUCAAUUAUUGAAGGGAAAAUCACUUUGGAGCAUGCAGUGGCAGUAACACUUAGUAAGCUUGUCUCUGGGUCUAAAAGUUUUGGGUUAGGCCCUCACUGAUGCCUUUUUGUCAGACUUGUACAGCAUCCCCCCCCCCUCUCCACUCAGGAGUAUAGAUGUAUCCCAGUAAACUGCAAGGAGAACCCAAUAGUAUGGUUAGGAAGGGAGGGGGAAGUAAUCCAUGAUGGAAUAGUAUUCCAUCCACCCUAUAUUCUUAGUUUUUUCAUGCCAUGAAAACCUUAUGACCAUACAUGAUUAGAACUUCAUCCAUAUGUAUUGAGUAUUGAUUUUGUUAAAGAAAAUUACUGAAUGUCAUAUUCCUUGCCAUGCACCUCGAAAAUAAAAAUUCACUCUAAUUAGAUUUUCUUUAAAACUGCAAUUCCUCUUGCUGAACAGCACUCCACCAGAAUUUUACAAAUUACAUCAACUGGUUUUAUUGCAGCUAUUUUCUUUGAAGGAGUUGCAUUGCCAGACAGUUUGAUUUGAAACUGAUUCUAACCACAUGUGUUAAUUAUUUGUAGAACACAAAGAAUUGGUCAGAAAGGAAUAGCAGAAAUACAAAAACAUAAAUUUUUUGUCAAUGACCAGUGGGAAUGGGAUACCAUCAGAGAGGGUAAUUAUUGCAAUCAAUAUUUAAUUAAUAUCUGAUUUACAAUCAACACUUUAACAAAUGUUAUUGCCAUAAAGAAUCUAAUUAUCUCCCUCUUCAUUGUUUAAGCUACUGGUCUCUAACUUCAAAUUUUAAUCAGCUUUCCUUUUUCUCCACCCUGUUAAAAAACCCCUCAACUAGUAGUUUAAUGUCAUCCCUGUGUGUUGCACUUAAUUAGGGUACACUGAGGCUUACCUGUUAACUGUUGAGCAGUUCUUUUGAACAUAUCACUUCUUUUAUAAUUGCAAUUGAAACUAUGUCCAGUCAGCUGUGAAUUUUGUUCCAUUUUGUGGUUGAGUUUUUUUGAGUAAUAAAAUAUUUAACAAAUAGAUUCUAUGUUGCCAUGCAUCUGUUCAGUAUUAUGUCACAGAUGGCAUUUGUGAUCCAUCACCAUACAGCCCAACUACAACAUGGAAUCUAUUUAUUUUACAUAGUGACAUCGUCUAGGUGUCUUUCCUCCAAUAGAUCAUAAGCAAGAAGCAAUCAAAAUGCUUGUAUAGUUCAGCCCAUCAAAUUAUUGUUUAUUUUUCACAGCUAUUCCUCCUGUGGUCCCAGAGUUGGCCAGUGAUGAUGAUUACUCGCACUUUGAUGACAUUCCUGAUCCUGAUAGUGGAGAGGAGUUCUUUCCAACUCCAAAGGUACUCUUUAGUUUUUGUCAAGUCAGGUGAAAUAACAGUAUCAGCUUAGCUGUAACACAGUAUUGACACUGUUGCAGCCAUUCUGUAUCCAUUUAAUUUAGUGCUGUCAUUUGGGGCUAGUGUAAGAUGUUUCAAGUACUUUUAAAUGUUAGGUGUCAUUCAGCAUGCCAAAUGAGCUGGGUUCAUGCAUUGAAAAUUAAAACUUGUUGAUACAAGACAUUACUUGGCUUGUUCAGUGCAACUCCACUUAGAUAUAAUUGGGUAAUACUCUUGUAAUUGAGGCAUGAUAAUUGAAACAGUGCUUUUUUGACAAGAGUAUCAACAGAAAUCAAGACAGAACAGGGUUGUUUUUUCAUCAAGUAGCCAGUUAACAUUUUGCAGGAGAAGAUCAAGUGAAAGAAGUAAAUGGCCUUUUUAGUACACUAAAUUUUGUCAUGUGUGAAAUUAUUUGGCAGGCGUUUGCUGGGAAUCAUCUUCCUUUCAUAGGAUUCAGUUAUUCAGAGAGUGUUGAGUAAGUCUGUAUAGUCUGUAAAAAUCAAUUUUCAAUUUAUGUGGGCAAAUGACCCAUAUAUUUUGAUUGUGUGUCUGGCUGUUUCACUAGCCUCAUGUUCCUGAUGUACUUUAUCUAAUGCACAGUUGAACAGUGACAGAAGGCUGUAGAAAGAAGUAUUGACUCUCACUAAUUUAUUGCAUUUCAUAUUUAUUUAGAUGGGGUAACUUUCAAGGCAAAGCAGGUUCAGAUGGAAUGGUGAGGAUGGUAAAAAGACACUCUCUCUUUCCUCUGCCUUCAAUUUUUGGUUUCAUUUACCAUCUAAUAUGACAAGAUAAAGUAAUUUUUUUCUUCACUUCCUCAGGAUGGAAGUAGUUCUGGUGGUGGGAAUGACAGUCGCUCAAAGGUAAUUCUCUUUCAAGGCAUUUUUUUCCUACUUGACAUUGACUGAGGCAUCACUGUGAUACAUGCCUGCAAAUAAUAGUUAGCUUAUGAGUAAUACUGUCUAGCUGUGGCUUGCUGCAACUGCUAUGAACUUCUCUUACAUUUUAAUCUUGCAGCUUGAAGCAGCUAACCGUAGAAUCAGAGAUUUGGAAGAGCAGGUUUCAGUGGAAAUGCAAGCUAAAGAUGAGCUGGAUCAUAAUUACAGGUCAGAGAACCUUGAGUUACCAACUUACUAACAACAACCACCUAGGACACCUCAGGAUCAAGGAAAUGUUUACACCUUAUUUGUACAUCCUUGGUGAUCUAAGGGAUUUGAAGACGAUCAUGAUCUUUUACAUGCAAGUCUGCAAGGUUAAGGACAGUAAGAGAACACAUAUGUCAACAUUUGCAUACCAUGCUUUGUUAACAAAAGUGGUUUAAUGUCAAAUGGAGAUUGUCAAUAAUCAUCAUUUUUUUCCUAGAUUGAACAAUGAAUAUUUUGAUAUUUCAGUAACAUUGAAAAAAAUGAAGCCAGUGCAAUAUGUAAGAAACUGAGUAGACAAUUUUGUGAUACCAUUAGCUGUAAGAAAGACUUAGUUUUGUUUACUUUUGUUUUUUUUUUGCUUUCACAGAGUGGUGAGCACCAAGCUCGAUAAAGUCAUAAAAGAAUUAGACAGUGAGGUGAGGAUCUUGACAAACCUUUACUCUCAUAAGUGACCAAGUCAGAAUUUUUCCUUACAACAUCAAUACAAUAUCAAGCAAACAAGUGAUGGGUGCAAAGAAAAAUACCGAUUAUAGGAUUAUUAGCUGAUCCAAUAGUAAAUUUAAAAAAAAUCUUAAAAAUUGUAUGGCAAACUGUAAGGAGAAUAACUAAUGAGAUUGUGGCACUGAAAGUGUUAGCAAAAGAGGACAACUUUACUCUUACUUUUUAGUUUAUUGUUCUUCAAAUUUUGAUUUGUCUGAUCCAAAUGUCCUGUGUUUUAGUUGGAAGCAAAAAGGAGAGUAGAAUCAUCAAACAGAGAGCUUGAAAGAAGUGCUGCAAUUUUUAAACAUGACUUAAAGGAGGUAAGUUUCAUUGUGUGUAAUUUUGCAAAUUUCACAAUAUGGUGUCAUUGUGUAAAUGAGAGUCAUCCAACUUUAACAUUGGGCUCUGUUACAAUCUUUAGGCACAGAGAAGGUCUGAGUUUGAAGCAGAAGCCAAGAGAAAGGUAAUUUAAUUAACAGGGGUAUUGAGCUUGUUACAUUGAUGUUGAUUAAGCUUUCUAUCCUGAUUUUCACCUUUUCUUCUGAAUUUUAUCAUUUAAUACUUUUGAAGCUUGAAGGCAAAGUCCAGGAACUUCAAAGCCGUCUUGAUGCAGAGCUUGAUGCGCGGGAUAGAAUUUCCCAGUCGUCACAGAGUGUCCAGUCUAAGAUAACCCAACAAGAGAAACAGAUCCAUGAGCUGACAGAACAGCUCAGGGUGGAAACUGAUACACACACCAAGAAUAAAAAAUUAUAUAGUGAUUUACAAAAGGUAUGUGUGAUACUUAAAGUGCACUUGAGAGGAAAUAAAUUCAGUAUGAUAAUACAACAUGUAGAUGUCCUCUUUUCACUUAACUAAUUAUAUAGCUUAGUUACAGCUGUGUUUUCACUAUGAAGGAGGUACUGACCAAAGGUUACCCAAACAUUUUGCCAGUGCUGACAUAUAUGGGUGUUUCAUAAUUCAUAUGAAGGCAGAAAAGAGGACAGAUUAAAAUACACUGAAGGGGAACUGAUUGCCAACUUUUUUGGAAUGAUAAUAGUCAUCUGAAUACUCUGAGUUGAAAUCAAUUUGAAUAAUCCUUGUGUUGUGGUGAGGGUUGUAAAGAAGCUGAAAGUAUGGAAAUCUAUGUUUUUCAAUUUCAACUCCUUCCUCAUAAUAAUUUUGUGGUCUUGUUCUCUCUCUUGUGCAGUCUUACACAGUGAUGGAGAGAACUUAUGGAGAUUUACAGGACAAGAAUAGAAUCAUAAGUGAACAAAAGGUAUUUUAUUCUGGUUCUCAUGCUUAAAUUUUGAAAUUUAGGCAUCCACUUGUUUCUUUAAUUUUAGUAACCUUUGAGGUGUUUUGGCAUUAUUGCAGUUGGUUAAAUAUGUUAAUGAUUAUGGGCUUCAGUAUAAGUGGGGUAUGGGGGGUCCACUGCCACCUAUAAGAUCCAUCACCCCCAUCUGUUUAGCCUUAGAGUGGGCUUUUGUCCUGAUGGCUCAGCCACCUACUGUACCAUCGGCAGCCAUGUAUGGAAAAAAUUAUUGAAACCCUUGAUGGAACCUGUUUUGUUUUGUCAUCUUUAAACAGCUUAGCUUAGAGAGAGAACUCAUUAAGAUACAAGGAAAUCUUGAAGCAGAGAUGAACAUGAGAGGCCAAGCAAACAGUGCAAAAGCAGACAUUGAAAGUAAGUGGCUGUUGCUAUUAGUUUAUGUGGUUGUGUGUUGAUUGGCUUAUGGUUCCUUCAUGGUUGCAUUGUUUUAAUUCAUAUCUUUUGACACUAUGAUCGGAUCAUUCUGCAAAGAAGUCAGAUUGUUGCACAAUUAUAAGAACUUUCAUUUUCAGAAACUAGAAGCUCAAGAACCAAGUCAAUAGAUUGUAUUUCUCCUUCCUUGCAGGCCAGAACAGAGUAUUGAAAGAGGAGCUUGACCAUUUACGGGCACGAUCGGCAUCAGAUGCCAAACUACAGCAAAAGCUUCAACAGGAUCUAAUUAAUCUUGAGAAAGUAAGUGAAGUUUUUCAGUUCACACCUCAAUUAUUUUGCCACUUGUAUAAAUUCAACGCUGUUAAAUUUAUGUUAAUCUCUUGUUUUUCUAGGCUAAGGCUAACACUGAGUAUGAACUGAAGUCCAUCCAGAAUAAAUUCGAUAAGAUCACUCUAGAAUACAAGGUAUGAGCUGUCUCAUCUUCAUGAGAUUUUUGGUAAAUACUCCUUCUGAAUGGAUGUCUAUUUAACAAAGUAUCAAUAACAAACUGUACUACAUGUAAUCAAAAAUGCCAUGGUGACAUACAUGUGAAUAAGAGUAAGAUGUCUAUUUAACAAAGUAUCAAUAACAAACUGUACUACAUGUAAUCAAAAAUGCCAUGGUGACAUACGUGUGAAUAAGAGUAAGAUGUCUAUUUAACAAAGUAUCAAUAACAAACUGUACUACAUUUAAUCAAAAAUGCCAUGGUGACAUACGUGUGAAUAAGAGUAACAACAUGAGAGAUAAAAGUAGGACCAAGCCUUUGGUAAAGCAGCAAGAUUCAAUCAGCUACCUACACUGUACAAUCUUCAAGACAAAUAUGUUUAAAGCACUGGGCGCAUUCUCUUCUCCCUUUCCCCCUCUUCUUUUAUCCUCCCUUCCCCUCCUUCUUUUUCCCUUCUCUCCUUACAUUGCUAUAUCCAAAAUUAAAGUAAUUUUGUAUCAGGUAGGGGUUGGGGGGGGGGGGGCGGGGAUAUAUGGAAUUGCUAUUAUUCACUGAAAAUAGGGUGUCACAAACAUUUUGUUGAUGAUUGUAAGCUGCUGCCCAUAGAAUAUGGCUUGAUAAUCGUGACUGGCUCUAGCAUUCCACAGCAGACAUACCCCUACUAUUCAUACAUUGUGUUUGUGUGAGAAGGGCGGUGGCCAGCACCUAGCUGCUCAGUAUUGUUUUCAGAGAUUCAUUCUCUCACCUACCAGUGUAUCAGCCAGGUGAACUACUUUUUUUUCUUCUUGUUUUGCAGCAACAACUUGCCAGUUAUCAAACAGAAAAGAACAGAUUAUCACUAACUUUGGAAGAAAGGACUGAGCAAGAGAGAGCUGAGCAAAGUAAAACGCUGGAAAGACUUGAGCAGGAGCUGGUGAUCAGAGAAAAGGCUGAAGCAGCAGCUGCCGAAGCUGAGAGAGAAAGAUCAGUUUUAGCUGUAGAUCUUAAAGACAUGCAACAGAGACUGGAGAGAUUAAAACAGGAGUACAAUGCUCUUCAGGAUAAGGUGAGAAAUGAAGGACGACGAUGAACAAACAUUUUCAGGCAUAAUCUAACUAUUUAAAAGGUUAGUUGUACCUUUCCUUAGGAAGCUUAACUGUGACUAAUGUAAAAUAUUUGUUCACUUUUUUCGCCAGAAUAAAAGUCUGAAUGCUACUUUAGACACGGAGAACCAACGGCGAACACAACUGGAGAGUGACUUGAAAGUGAAUGCUCAGGAAAUAGCUGCGCUGAGGGCAACAGAGAAGCAACUUGCUAAGGUUGGUAUCAUAACUGGCUUAAAUUAUAUAAGUUUCGCAAAAAUCUUUAUUAACCUGUAGGAAAUGUCUAGUAAAGAUACUGCCAUUUUGCAGGUGAACUCCUUUUGAAAACCUGCUUCGCGCAUGAAUUAUCGGUAAUAUAUGUUUGAUUCUUGUACAAGUUGACGACCAUAUUCCUUGUAUUGGUUUUUUCAGCAAGUGGAAGAUCUGUUGGAGGAACGGAAACAGUUGGAAGAUGCUUGUACAAAACUCAAAAGGUAAAAUAUUCCACCAAAUAACAUCUUUCCUGGCCUGCAUAGCUGUUGUACAAAAGGGAGGAGAGGCUUGUGUUAGUUUAAAUUCCCCUCCAUCCCCACCCUCAUCUUGUAUGCCUACCACUAAGGUGAAAUCUUUCCUGACGAGUUCAAUCGAGCUGAGUGCUUUUGAUGUGGUAAAUCUGGCUGAAAUGGAGGCACAGUAGAGUCGCUCUUUUAGGAAACGUCUGUUAGAAGACGCCUUCAGUGAAGGGACGCUUUCUAAGGAGACACUUAAUAGUUGUGAGGGUGACUGGAGGUUCCCUCUGUAUUGGUUCUUCCUUUAUUGCACACUAAAGUAUGGUAAUGUGUAAUCAAACCAGCGACCUGAAGGAUAGACAGGUCGUAAUUAUAAACAGGACGGUCCGAUUGAUCGAUUGUUAGAGAUGGAAGGCCGCCGUAAUAUGAUAGUUACUCCGAUGUACACAAAGUGAAAUAAGCAGCUCACUUCUGUUCUUUUUCUUUCACUUACUCAGUGCAAGUGCUGUGGAUGAUCUACAAAUGAAAGAGCUUCAAGACCAACUAGAGGCAGAAACGUACUUCUCGGUAGGAUAUAAAUUUUGGUAUUCAACCCUAGCAGCUUAAAAUAAACCAUAGUUUCUCUUGGAAAUGUGGCGCCUGUUUCUCAAAACCUGUGAAAACAUUACCAGCAUGAAACUAAAAAUAUUAAAAAUUUGUAUGACGUUCAGUGUACCCAAGGCAGAUCGUUAUUCAGGUUGUUAUUUUUAUCAUCCAGUCUAUUGAUUGUAUGAAGAAUUUUCACUUUCAAUUGAAUUUUACCCCUUUCAGACUCUGUACAAAACCCAAGUGAAAGAACUCCGAGAGGAAGUUGACGAAAAAACCAAGCAGAUGUUGGAUAUGAGCAAGGAGUUACGUCAGCUGAGUGACGACAGGUCAGGAAAGUGGAGCAAGACGGGGUUGGGAGACCAUAAAGUGUAUUAGUGAUAGCAACUAUUUGAACAGGCCAAACUUUUAUGGGUGCUUAUCGGUAUUCAUAGUUACGUGGUCAUAUCACUGUGUUCUGAAAGAGAGCUAUACUUAAAAAAGAUCCCAAAGAGAAGAAGAAACUACUUUUUCUUUCCGUCAGUAAUAAACUUUCCGUUUUUGUUUCCGUAAAAAUGAAGAAGGACCUCUUCUCACUGAAAAUAAAAUUUUAUGUCUGUAGAGAGUCUCUCUCUGCCCAGUUGGAGUUGACGCUAACCAUGGUGGACUCUGAACAGCUGGCGAGGUCCAUCGCUGAAGAACAGGUAGGGUGUUUGUGAUUGAAGAAUUUUCACUUGAUUUUCGUCAGAAAUCCGGCUGGGAAGGAGAUUGUAGUUGUUGCAUGACUUACUGAGAGACCAUAGGGGGUGUAAAGAUAGAUUUGCAGUUGUUAUCAGCAGUGAUGUAUUCUUUUGUACGCAGUACUCGGAUCUAGAGAAAGAAAAAACGAUGAUUGAGCUAGAGGUCAAAGAAUUGAUCGCGAGACACAAGAGCGACAUGUCAGAGAAAGGGGCUCAGAUCUCUCAGCUGGAAGAACUGAACCAGCAACUGACAGGCAACUUGGAGCAGAAAAUAACUGAUAAAGACGAGCUCAAUACCAAAAUUAAGGCCUUGCAAGAAGGUGAGACGUUUGCAAUCCGUUUUGAUCUGCUCUAUCCUAGGCUACCCCUGUGUCGCCUUGUAUUAUUAUGGCGUUACUCGUGUUGUGCUGUCUUUCUGAACUAAUAUUUUACAUUUCCUAUCAAGCUGGAGAUAGUUUUGUUUGUGUUAACUCGAAAUGAAGUGUCGUGGUUUCGUUAACCCUUCACUCUCAAGAUUUAAAUAUCAAUAUUCCUCUUUACCUACAGUAACAUUUCUGAUAUUUUUUGCUUUGAUAAUUUUUUGGCCAAUCAGUGUCCUCUGGGCCACAUUUUUCUUUCUUCACAUCACUUUCCUCGUGGACAGUGUACUAAUGCUUCGAGGAAAAAUUACUUAUUGCUUGCUCCUGUGAUUGAAAAAGUUAAGCUAAAUUCUUCUCACCACAUUUGUUUGCAGAGCUGGAAAAAUCUAAGGAUAACAGCAAAGAUAUCGAGGACGCCACCAAGGAGUUACGAAAGCAACUGCAUAUAGAGAAAACUUUGAAGACUCAGGCAGUGAACAAACUUGCGGAGAUAAUGAACAGGAAAGACCUGAUGCAGAACGCGAGUAGGAAGAGAAAAGCUACUUCUGACGACCUGCGGAAGAAGGAGAAAGAAUGUAGAAAACUACAUCAAGAGCUGGGAGCAGUAAGUACACUAAUCAAAGAUGGAGCAAUGGCAUCCGACUGUUCCGAGUGUAAGCGUCGUAAAACUGAAAACAAAGAAAUCACAACAGCCAAUCAGAAGAAAGGAAAAUACCCUUAGGAACCAAUAAGAACUCAACUGAAACCAACUAAACUGCUAAAGCGCGGGAAAACGAGGGCGACCAAGUUGUGAUUGGUUUAAGGUUUAGUUCUGAUUGAUCGAGAGGGUGGCACAAAUUUUCUGGAUCAAUCACAGAGCGAAGUAAGGCAAAAAUAAAGCAAUAAUGGCUUACUUUCGAUACUUAAUCGAAAAUUUCUCUAACGAUUAUCCUGGAUUACAUAGGUUUCGCUAUGCUUCGUAAUAUGAUUGGUCUCAGGUGGGAAAUCUCGCUUGCCUCCAAAACCGAUCAGUCGCUAAAUUCGCUGUACGCCUUAAGGGUUUCAUGAAGUUGAAUCAUUCUAUCCGUUGACAUAUCUUGGUCAGAACGUAAACAACACGCGCGAAAGACCAGACUCUAUGUAGGAGAGCUCCCACCGGCCUUUUCGCGUGGCCUUUGGCUUGCGGUUGCCAGUCUGAAUCAUUUGCACCAGCUUUUUAGACCAGAGCCACUCAGUUGUUCAAUCUUUGUUCAUGUUAACUUUAAUAUGUCUUCAGGAACGUGAGAAGUAUGGCCAGAUGGUGACAAAGUUCCAAGGACAGUUAGCGGAAUAUCAGAUGAAUCUUCAGAUGGAGACAGAGCAGAGACAGAAAAUGCAGGUGAGUGUAACCUGCUUUUGGAUAUUCCUGACCAGGUGCAGUCUUAACAAGCCGAAACAAACCAGUGAGACGUUUUUUAUUACCUUGACAUUCCUUGGUAAAUGGUCUCGACCAGUAUAUUGCCAGAUAUGAUGAGUAGUUGUCCAUUUAAUCAUGUGUGCUAGGAUUUAGUGGGCUUUGCCCCUCACCUUUUGGCCCUCAAGUUCAUUUGGAUCGAGUACCAACAAAGCUUUAGUUUUACCAUUUCGUCUUUUCCAAUUUAACCAUAUCGAUAAUUCUUCACAAAAUCGCUUUUCCGAGCUCCUAAGAUUUUAACGAACGACCGGAAACAUACUUUGCCGACCGUUUACAAAGUGAGGUUCGUUUCCCUUCAAAUGGUUAAAUUAUCUGAGAAAAUCAAGGAGCACACUAAAGGGAAGUGUUCUGUGGCGGUCUUAAGGGUAAUUAUUAUUUUUUCUGUUUUAAGAUGGAGCUGGAUUCAAAAGAUCUUUCGAUCGAAAGACUGAACUCCCAGAUUAAACAAAAGGCGCUUAAUACAAGCAUAACUGAUGACGAUGCCCUCUCUGUUUCAGGUAACACAAUAUUCUGCGUUAAACAUGAUGAUUUUUUCUCUUGCAUUGCUGUGAUGUCCGUCGGUAUUUAGUCCGUUUCUUUUUCACUCUUUUCUUUCCAGUCCAUAUGCCCAAAGAAGGAUGGGUUUCCAUUCCAAACAAACAGAAUAUAAAAAGAUAUGGUUGGAAAAGACAAGUGAGUACUCAUCUUAUUACUUCAUCUUUCAAGUAGCAUUAAAUAAAGUGGAAAAACAAAUUUCCAUUUUACAGUUUUUUUGACAGGAGCCGAAAGAUGAGUAUAACGACAGUAACUGCGCACCUACUCCUCCCCUUAUCAAACAACAGUCAACUGAUAACAAGUUAGGUUUAAUGUUAGGUUAGGGGAGGAGUAGGUGCGCAGUUGGUCAGAUUCUUACAUCGAUCCGAUAUUUGUACAUUCAACACUCUCAGUACUUUUGAACGGAGAAUUGCAUGAGAGUUAGAUGGCUGAUCGUGAACUGGCAUCAGAGGAAGAAAUAAUUGAUUCAGCCCCAAGGAGAGUUAAUUAAAAUGACCGCCAAAAGUUUCAUUAUCCGCAUUUCAUUUAAGUUUUCUUGUUGUGAUUCAUUUGGAUGUCUUAGUGUCAAUAUCAUUUUGCCUUUUUUUUUUUGCUUGAUUGUUUUGCAGUAUUUAGUCGUUAGCAAUCGCAAGAUUUUUUUCUAUAACUCGGAUGCUGAUCAUAAAAGUAGUUCAACACCCUCCAUCAUUUUAGAAAUCAGGUAAGCUACUUUCCAAUAGUGAUAUCUGUCUGUGUUUAGGUACACUUCCAGUCGCUGUGCUGGAAAAAUAAGGCUCAGUCUAAAAUAAGCUCACUGUAGUGGAACAAAACUAAAUAAACCCGGAUUUUUUUUAAACACAAUCGAAAAUUACUCUAUCACAAGGAGCUAAUGGUGAUUCCAAACAAACAUUGACCCAGCGUAACUGCUGAAGAAGAGUUGGUACUAUACGUGGGCAUUAUGAGACAUAGCCAAUCACAUUUCAGUGUUAUGUACCAUGUGAUACAAAAUCCUUUAACCUGAUUGGCUAUGACCCAUAGUGCCCCUGUAUACCACUAGUGUUGUAUCUGAUUGGUCCAGUGGGUGGCGCUGAAGCAAAACCACCUAGUUCGAAAUUGCUUUCAAUACUCAAUCGAAAACCGUUCUUAUCCAAGUGUAACACUGUAAAUUAAGGAAACCCUAUUGUAUUUGCUAGAGGGGUUUCUCACAAAUGCUUGCGUUUCACUUGACAGUAAAUUAUUUCACGUGAGAUCAGUAACGCAAGGCGAUGUCAUACGUGCCGAUGCCAAAGAUAUUCCUAGGAUAUUUCAGGUAAGUGUUGCGUGACCAAUGUCACAUUGCCUUGUUGUACUUUUUGUCUGAGUGACUAGAUAAGUUGCUGUUAUUUGUUUCAGCACUAGCCUCCGGCGCCUUUCUUGCUGUGUAUGAAGUGUUAUAUUUCGAUGUUCGGGUUUCUUUGUCGUUAUUCCUUGACCAUUUCGAUGUCGAGUUACAUGCUUGGAAAAUAAGGCGUUUUAAAAACAAAGUAAUUUUUAAUUUGCAGAUUUUAUACGCUAAUGAGGCCGAGAGCAUUAACCCUGUGGAAAAAGACAAAGAGGACCCACAGUCUGAGGUAUUCAUAGUGGAAUUUAAACUAAGGGUGUGGUCGUUUUUGCAAGGGGAGGGUGCUCCUCAGGGUGUAUGUAACCUUGAUAAUAAAACAACGUGGAACGCCUUUGAAUGAAAGGAAGACUCUCGUGUAAGCCUCCUUUCCCUUUCCCUUUCCCCCACCCCCCACCCCUCCCCCUGACUGCUGGAAAAUCGUGCCUACUUCUCUGAUUAUCUCCUUAACCGUUAAAACCCUAGGCCUGUGACUGGUGUCUAAUUUCUCCUUACAAUAUCACCCCUGAAUCACACAUUAAGUUCAUGAGAAUGAAGGAAAUGAUACCUAACAAAAGAAGCUUUUGGUCAGUAAACAAAUUCUCCUUGUCGGCACCUUUAGAAAUGUAUGAUGAACUGUAUGGAGAAUAUGUAUACUGAUAUUAGGGUGUAAAUGGUUAACUCUCAUCUCUACAAUGUGUUCCAGUAACAUCGUUUGAAUGGCACUUUUAAACUAAAAAACUCUUGGAGAGGUCUUUGUUCUUUCCUGCAUCUCGUGGUCUUGAAUUUAAACUCCUCGCUGCCUUUGGCCCAAACUCUUUUCAAUAUCAGUAGUUACGUCAAGGUCAUCGUAACGUUUUGUGCUGAAGAUUGCUGCAAAUGUUUAUGAUUUUCAGGAUCGCAUGAAUGCCAUCGACUACAUGAGGCAUCAGUUCAUACCCAUGCACUAUCACAUGCCUACAAACUGUGACUCUUGCAACAAGCCUCUAUGGCACAUGUUCAAACCUCCUCCAGCAGUAGAGUGCAGACGUAAGUAAAUUAACCCUUUAGCCCCUGAUUAGUGACUAGCAUCUAAAUUCUCCCUACAGUAUUAACCAUGAAUCAAGCAUUAUUGUCGUGAGAAUAGAGGGAAUGAUCGCCAAUUAAAAAAGCCCUUGAUUGCUCAAGAACUAACCAAGAGUUCCAUUUGUUCAUUUCUGUUUGUUUUACAGUCCAGUGUAAUUACUCUGUUGCGUCUGGAUAAAUCCCUUGGAACGCGUAUUUCGUGGAAGUUUCCUCUUUACAAUUCGAGAAUGAUGAAAAGCACUUAUUUCUGUUGUCUAGUUCGCUAAUUUUCGUAUGUGUAUGUCUUCAGGUUGUCAUAUGAAGUGUCACAAGGACCAUGUCGAUAGAGAAGAAGCUUGUAUCACCAUGUGCAACCGUAAGUAGUCCUAUAUACUUCUAAAACUUUUUUAAGUCUUUGUUUUCUUAAAGAUUUUACUCUACUUUGAUAGAUCAGCAUGUUAUGAGCGAGUCUUUUUGUUUUAGUUAAUAUGGAUCUGGUCUCAGCCAAGGAACUCUUAGUGCUUGCACAGACUGCGGAUGAACAAAAGCAGUGGGUGUUAUACCUUAGCAAGAAAAUCGUCAGAAAGGAACCGAAAAUUAAAAGUCCUUCUGUGAGGUAAGUUAGGUGCUUUUGAUUAUAUGGUUACUCAGUUUUUAGUAUUAAUUUUUUUCUUUUUUGAGAUUAAUACCAGAGAAAGGAGAGAUUGGGAUAGAGCGCGUACCAUGACGAGGCUAAACGACAGCUGCGAAGGAGACUCAUUGCCUGACCAAAUAGAUAUCCUUGUAAGGCAAGCCACGCAUAUAUACCUACGCGAAACAGAUAAGGUUUAUACCAAGCCGUCGGUAGGUGACUUGUGAAGGAAAGAAGGACGAAGAGCGUGAGCAAAAUGUUUCGGUUCAUUAGUUCUCGUGCGUUCUUCGGGUAGUCAAGACUUGUGUAACACACAUGGGUAAUAAUAGCUGAUCCGCAUCAAUUUUUUUUCUGCUUUUUUCCAAGACUCGGAACCGAAGAGGCCAACAUGAGAAGAAACAUGGCAGAAAGGAGCGCCGCCUCACGGCCUGGUGGCACCCAACGGUCGGUAUCUGUCUCUUCAGGAAACAGGAAGAUUACGUGACUCAAACCGGCCAAACCUGAUGUGGUGAGAUCAUGUUGUUUUUUUUCUCUGAGUUAAUUGUGUUAGGUAUUUUGCCGUGCGACUUUCAUUCUUGAAUUAGGCUAGCCUACGCGUAACCGUACCCUCCCCCCCCUUGAGGCGGAGGGUACAGCUACACGUAGGCCAGGAUUAGGCUGAAAGCAGUAUUCAUUGAAGCGCAAAGCUAGGUAAACAGAAACGGAGUAGUGAGGAGAAAAGCGAGCAAUUUAUGCUCAAACAAAACGAAAGAGUCAAACUUGUUGCUGACGUGACUUAGUGAUGAUCGGCCUAGAGGUCGUAAUCGUCUUUCUUAGCUGUUUGUUCAAAGGAGCAUGUCAAAGAUGUUGGUUCACGCACGUAUGAUCGAAAGAGUCGUUGGUGUGACGAAUAUCAGAACUGGUUGAGUCCCGCGUAGUGGGCCCAAAAGGGGUGUGGCCCAUAGUCAGCCGUAAAAGUUUUUUGUUUAUAACGUGUGGAUAUUCUAAGUAAUUUGAUUGUUAUCGCUUUUGAAUGAGAAUCUGUUUAUUUUUUUUUCCCAAACAUAGUCAGCCGAGACUGUCGCCAUGAGUGAACUAAAAGUAAAGCCAGUGAAGAAUAAUGGGAAUCAGUGUAUACUUUAAUGAAACAUAGAAGUGAUAUCCAGCGGUCCUCGGCACUUGACAUCUUUGGUCUAAACUUCUUUGGUCAAACAUUAUGAGCGGUCUCCCUGUGGUCCAUAGUCGUUAGUCCUGAAAAGCAUCAGCGUGCAAGAGCCACAGAACCCCUGCGCUUUUAAAGGAAUACUUUCAUCUUUGAAGCUCGUGCUGUCACGCUUGGGUGGAUGGAACUCUUCAUAUCCUCAGCUCAGAGGAGUUAAGGGACAUGCGCAAAGUGCCCUUCGCCUAGAAUUACUACCCUCUUUUCAAAAUGAAGAAAAUAAUUGUACCUUAAAAACAAUCCAUACCUGUUUCCCACAUUGAAGAAAAAUAUCCCUCGUAGUAUUAGUUAAUACCAGCUACGUUGAUGCAGUUGUAGGUUAUGUUAUGUUAGCCCUUUACCUCCCAAACAUGAUCUGAACGUAAAUUCUCUUUGCGAUAUUCCACACCAUCUACGAGUAGACAGAAGUUCGUUUAUAAGAUGACACUCAGUACUAAAUACUAGGUUCUCAGGACUAGCUAACAGAAAUGUAGAGUUUCAGUUUGGAGAAUUGACUUGUUGAUCUUGGGAGUGUAAGGGUUGAAAUCAUUGUCAAGACUGAUUAAAGCUCUAAAUACUAUCUCGCAACAAAAGGCAUGUCUAAUUAUUAUCCAUGCGAGCGAAACUUAAUAUUUAUUUGUCUCAGAAGCUCGACAAGUGUAAGGUCACUUGAAACUAUGAUUGGUUAAAAGUAUGGUAAGUUUGGCGAACACUUCAAAAGUCCAAGGAAAACGACACUAGAUUAGUAGAGCUUCAAAUAAAGCUGUUGAACCACUUAAUAUUUUCUACGAUAACAAAUAAUUUUACAAAAUCAGGAAGCAAGGCGCGUGGUGUAGACUUAGAUUUCGAUCUGCGAGUGUCCAGCCCAAAGUUCAACGUUCAUCGGAAGUUACUGAUUGUUCCUUGUUUUAAACUGUCCGACUUCGUUAGUACUAGUAAUUUAUUGUUCGGAUGGUAUGAUGUAAUCAAUUUAAUUACUCUGAUAUGGAACAAAUAAAUAUUUUCUUGUUCUUUGUAUGUCAUAUCAGGGGCUAUGAAUAGAUCACUUAAUAUUAUCUAGUAUUUUGGCGCUUGUAAGUUAUAAGCUUUUGUUGUUCCUGAUUUCUGGCGUUUUUGCCGACAGGAUGUAGGAAACGUGA